AAGGCGACACGCAAGUCGCGCUACAACAACAAGCGUCAGGAUGUGCAAGGAACCGCCGCCGCCGCUUACAACAUGCAGAAGCGCACAAAUGCUGCUGGCAACGAUUCGUCCUGGCACCGUUUUGUUAGUUCUUCAUGCAUCGAAGAGAAAUAUCUGGGCCAACACAAUCCUGGACAUCGCAACAGCACAAGCAGCGAGGCGACCAGCGAGGACAUCAACUCGAGCGACGAGCACCUGAACCUGAAGUCUAAAUGCCGGCCGGCCAACAACAGUCAUCCACUUGGCGGCAACAAUGGCAAUGUCAAUGUGAAUUGCAACAAUGGAGCCGCCGGCUGUGGCAGCAAGUCGCGUUCCAAACGGCAGCAGAAGGCGCAGGCUAUGAAGCAGGCAUUGACCAGACAGACGGGACAGGCGCAGGCGCAGUCACAGGGGCAGGCCAUACUGGAGCAGUGUGGCAAGUCGAAUGGCAAGUGCAAGCAGGGCAAGUGGCGCAACAACAACAACAACAACAACAGCAGCAGCAGCAGCACCAACAACUGCAAUCAGAAGCGAAACAGCAACGACAACAACUGCAACAACAGCAACAACAACUGCAACAACAGCAACAUUUUAAGCAACACGAAAUGCGGCGCCAACAGCUCGAACUCCUCAUCGGCGCUCAGCUCGCCGGGCAGCUCGCCAAACGGCAGCAGCUGCAGCAGCAUACGCAGCAGCAGCGGCAACAGCAGCGGCAGUGGCAGCAUCGGCAAGCAUGCCCCAAACUCGGUCGUCGGGUGGCAGCGCGAGGAGCGGCAGCUACACAAGGCGCAGCGGCAGAAUGUUAACUUUCUGGUGCCGCCGCUGCGGCAAUACGAACGCCUGGACAUCGACGACGGGGCGCUGCUGCGUCAGCUGCGUCGCUACCUAAUCGAUCAGAAUCUGCUGCGCGUCUACGGCUUUCCGGUGGCCAGCGUAGUGCACGAUGGCGCCAUUGAGAUCUUCAAGUGCUUGCCGCACAUGAGCUUUGCCGCCGCCCAUGUGAUGGCCGUCACGGAGACGGCUCUAACGGUAAUCAAUUGCCAUGACGGACUUACACUGAACCCCGGCAAUUUCGAGGAACCGAACAUUGAGGCCACCGAGCAGCCACCUGGCGACGGCAGCAGCAGUAGCAGCAGCGACAGCAGCGACAGUCCAACGGCAACAUCCACAGACUCGGGCAACAUUUCGCCACGCUCACUGGACUCCGAGUCGGGCGGGGAGUGGAGCGGCAGCGAGUGCGAGUCGGCGCCAAGCGCUGAAAGCGGCUACGGCCUGGAGCUUUAUUGCAAUUAUGCGCUCGUCGAGCGCAGCCUGGCCAAGCAGUGCGUCCGCUGCAAGCGGGACUUCCUGGUCGACGAGCUAAGCGGCCAGUACUUGACGCGCGAGGGAUGCAGCUAUCAUUGGGGCAAAUAUCAUCGCUGUUAUGAUGGCAGCGCCUGGAUAAGCCGCUGGACCUGCUGCAAUGCCAGCGAGGAGUCGGCGCUUGGCUGCACACGGCACGAACUGCACGUGUGGACGGGUUCGGUGGUGGGCGUGAAUGGACCCUAUCACGAUUUUGUCCAUACACGACCGCGUGCUGCAUUAUCGGCGCGCAGCCGGGAGCCGCCCGCCGUCUAUGCGCUCGACUGCGAGAUGAGCUAUACGGGCCGUGGCCUGGAUGUGACCAAGGUCUCGCUGGUGGCGCUUAACGGUCAGCUGGUGUACGAGCACUAUGUUCGACCCGAUGCCGAUAUUGUUGAUUACAAUACACGCUAUUCGGGCGUUACCGCCAAGGAUCUCAAGUCGAGCGGCGUUAAGACGCUCGCCGAGGUGCAGCGCGAUCUGCUGGAGCUGAUCGAUGCCGAGACCAUACUGAUUGGACACGGCCUAGACAAUGAUUUGCGUGCUCUGCGUAUUGUCCACAAUACGCUGAUCGACACAUCCAUCGCGUUCCCGCACACAAGCGGCUUCCCCUAUCGCCGUGCCCUACGACAUCUGACCAAAACGCAUCUGAAUCGGGAGAUCCAGUGCGGCGAUGGCGCCACCGGGCACAGCAGCUUCGAGGAUUCGCGGGCCUGCAUGGAGCUAAUGUUGUGGCGUGUUCGGCGCGAACUCAAUGCAAAUGCCACAAGCUGGGAUGAUUAGAGGGCGGCGGGUUCAACCCUUCUUGCUCGUAUUAUCCUAACAGAACUGUGGGCGGGGCCACCAAGUACUUUUUAGUCUGUAAGACGUUGCUAGUUAUAGUUCAUUUUUGGGGCGUACCCGCACUGGUCGCCUCUUGUAUUUAAUCUCAGCCUAUGUUUGUUUUGUCCUCCUGCGGCCCGCACUCUCACCCCUCACCCCGCACCCCGCACCCCAAACACCUCCCUCAUUCACCAUCCCCCAACCUCAGCGUCAUUUCAAGAACCGCCAACAACACAACGACAAAUGAGCAUAUGGCCAUGGCGUUGCAAUCUGGCGAUGUGUGUUUGUGUGUGUAUAUGUGUGUGCGCAUGUGCGUGUGCGUGCGUGUGCGUGUGCGUACGUGUUCGUGCGGCAGCGGAGCGCAAUGCGAACUGAAAAAGAAACCCAAAACAACAAAAAAAAAACAAAAUAACUAAAAAAAAUUAACAAAAAAACAAACAACAACAAUAUGACAAAAUGUCGUUUAUAUAGAGCGAAGCCUAUUUUUAGUUAUACGAUAUAUAUAAUUACAUACAUACAAAUACACACAUAUAUAUGUAUAUGUAUAUGAAUUAUACA